ACCUCUUGCACCCUUCUUAUCUUCGUAUUGACAAUGUUGCUAUUUCCAGAUGCGCAAAUGAACGCGCAGUUGGAGAUAGAUUGCGUCGUGGGAGCACACCGCUUUCCGUCGUUCGAGGACAGGCCGUCUCUGCCAUAUGUUGAAGCUGUGCUGAGGGAGGUUAUGAGAUGGAGGCCUGUUACGCCACUCGGCAUACCUCAUUGUGCCAUGGAAGAUGAUAUGUACGAAGGUUAUUUCAUCCCAAAAGGUAACAUUCUCGGCGCCUUAGAUUGGACUCUAAAUUUC